GUGAAUGAGAAUAGAACAAAUUAAUUAUGUGCGUACGUGUGUUUUGUUCUUGUGCCGCUUUUGCAUUUUCCUUAUAUUUUUGCAUUCGAAGGCGAACCGGAAGAAUAUUACCGCAGAUCAAUUUAUAUACCGUUUUUAGAUCAUUUUUUGGACCAAAUCAAUGAAAGAUUUUUAAAACAUCGAGAGCUGCUUUCCAAAGUUGAAAACAUUUUGCUAAAUAAAUGCAUAAAUCUUGACGUUAUUGAGAUGCAGGAGACUGUUCGUGUUUUAGAAAAGCAGUGGUCCGCUGAUGUAGAAGAUCCCGAUGAUUUCGUUGCUGAAUUUAGAAUGUGGAAAAGGAACUGGUUAAAUCAAACAAAGAGAUCCAAAACUCUUUUGGACGCUUUGAAUUGUUGCGAUGAAAAAAUUUUCAAAACAGUGCAUCGUUUUUUAAAGAUUGGAGCAACAAUCCCUAUAUCUGUCGCUUCAAGUGAACGCUCGUUUUCCUUACUUCGCAGGCUUAAAACAUAUUUAAGAAAUAAAACUGGAGAAGCACGCCUGAACGGAAUGGUUCUCUUGAAUAUCCAUAGAGAUAUAGACGUGACGGAGGAAGAGAUUUUAAAUGUUAUGGCCCAAAAUAAAAGAAGAUUAGACUUAAAUUUGUGAAUAAAAUAAUGAAACAUUGUCUU